AUGGCUUCCACAGAUAAUUGGCAAUCACCUCAAGCUCGUGCAUUGCAAGAUGCCAUUGAUCGCAAGAUCACCACUCAAGAGGCUGCAGAUCUACUGGCAUCCCUGUCACUAGCUGAUGGCUCUGUUGAGGACGAGGUUUAUGAGCUCUGGGUAUUGGUUGUAGAGAAAGCCCAGCAGUCAUCCGCCAGCCAUGCGACACUGAUAGACAUCUUGGUACAUCUCUCCAGGCUCGACGAUGCCAAGUCCGCCUCUGGCGAAAGCAUCAAACUUCACGACAAGCAACUCUGGCGCGACCUGCCCAUGUUCGGCUGGCAAAUUCGUGAUUCAUGGAAUGUCGGCAUCGAACCAAACGAUACCGACGAAGUGCGACAACAGAAGGUUUCCGAAUUCACCAACCUCAACGCAUUCACAGCUCAGUUGUUGGCCACAGAGGAACCGGUGUUUGAUCUCUCAUGGUUUGCUCUCGUGACCUUCCGCGAGGCACUCGAAAACCCGCAGGCGGACAAGAACCAACUCGAGCUAUUUGUGCCCGCGGCAGCAUCGUGGCUGGACCACGCUGGUGUGGAACUUUAUAACCGCGAUGACCAGUUCCCGGCGACGUCCUCAACCGGCGGUGCGCCUGGCAAGGGUGGUGAGCUAUGGACAGGCGCGCCUGGUUUCCACAAAGACAGAUGGGCGCUUUGGCAAGAGCGGUUCGCGGCAUUGGCAGGUGAGGGCAGUGGGCUCGGAGAGAAGCCACGGGCAGAAGCACAAGAUGCACAUGCAUUAAUGAAGGAUGUCUCGGCGGGUGAGAUUGAGUAA